CCGCUGCCUUCAUCUCUUUCUCUUUCUCUAUCGACUAGUCUGCUGCGGGCCCAGUCCGAGUCACUGUGCAGGAGCUUCAGAAGAGGCUGCUACGGACUUCAUUUGCAAUUCAAAGUUGAGUUUAAGCUAGAAGAGGAGCCAUGUUGAGGCUGAUGUUUCUGGCUGCUCUCGCCGGUUUCUCCCGAGCCAGCGAUGUGAUCGACUACACCGAUGAUGACUUCGAGAGCAGGAUCGGAGACCACAGCCUGGCUCUGGUGGAGUUUUUCGCCCCAUGGUGUGGCCAUUGUAAACGACUAGCGCCCGAGUACGAGGUAGCCGCCACACGUCUGAAAGGCAUGGUAGCUCUGGCCAAGGUCGACUGCACAGUCAACAGCAACAUAUGCAGCAAAUAUGGUGUCAGUGGAUACCCCACCCUGAAGCUCUUCAGGGAUGGAGAGGAGUCUGGUCCCUAUGAUGGUCCCAGAACGGCAGAUGGGAUCGUCAGUUUACUGAAGAAGCAGGCCGGUCCGGCUUCUGUCGAGCUCAAGGCUGAAGCUGACCUGCUCAAGUUCAUCGAAAGCCCAGAUGCUGGUGUUGUCGGUUUCUUCGCUGACGACAAGAGCACGGCACAUGCGGAGUUCCAGAAGGCCGCCAACGCCCUGAGGGACAACUACCGCUUCGGCCACACAAACUCCGAGGAGCUCCUGAAGAGCAACGACGUGGAGGCCGAGGGAGUCGUCCUGUUCCGUCCAAAGAGACUCAGCAACAAGUUUGAGGACAGCUCGGUGAAAUACGGCGGCGAUGAGUUCACCAGCAACAAAAUCAAGAAGUUCAUCCAGGACAACAUUUUUGGAAUCUGCCCCCACAUGACAGACGACAACAAAGACCAGCUGAGGGGGAAGGACCUGCUGGUGGCUUAUUAUGAUGUCGACUAUGAGAAGAAUCCAAAGGGCUCCAACUACUGGAGGAACAGGGUGAUGAAGGUGGCCAAGAAAUUCCUGGACGACGGCAAGAAGCUGAACUUCGCCGUGGCCAACAGGAACACGUUCAACCACGAAGUGUCCGAGUUCGGCCUGGACGGCGGCUCGUCUGAAAUACCCGUUGUGGCCCUCCGUACCGCCAAGGGAGACAAAUACGCCAUGAGCGAGGAGUUCACUCGUGACGGAGCCGCUCUGGAGCGUUUCCUGGACGAUUACUUUGACGGCAAGCUGAAGAAGUACCUCAAAUCCGAGCCCAUCCCCGAGAACAACGACGGACCGGUCAAGGUCAUCGUGGCUGAGAACUUUGACUCCAUCGUGAACGACGACAGCAAAGACGUGCUGAUCGAGUUUUACGCUCCGUGGUGCGGACACUGCAAGAGCCUGGAGCCCAAAUUCAAAGAGCUGGGAGAGAAGCUCGCCGAUGAUCCCAACAUCGUUAUCGCCAAGAUGGACGCCACAGCCAACGAUGUGCCAUCUCCAUACGAAGUCAGCGGUUUCCCCACCAUGUACUUCGCACCAGCCGGAAGUAAGACGAGCCCGAAGAAAUACGAGGGAGGUCGCGAGGUGAGCGACUUCAUCAACUACCUGAAGAGGGAGGCAACCAACCCGCUGGUGGUGGAGGAGGAGGAGGCCAAGAAGAAGAAGAAGAAGAAGUCAGAGCUAUAAAAGCUCCCAACAAGAACUUCAACAUCCCCACCCCCUCCCCCCCUCGCUCACAAACCGGAGGAGGAGAAAUUUGGAAAAUCAUGGAAAGAACUGAAAUUAUAUUCCACUCUUAGUGAACUACCAAAUGCUCUGAGGCCCAAUCAAAGGGGCGCGGCUCCUCCCUCUAGGUCCUCUGCUGCUCUGGGAAAACUGUGGAGAGGUGGUGGCCAGGGCCUGCCCAAUGUCUAAAAACAAAAACAAAUUUUUAGGGAAGAGGGGACAGCUUUUGAAAAAAAUUGAGAUUUUUAUUUCCCCGGGUCUGUCUACCACACCUCAGGCUGAUGCACUUUGGUUAGACUCCAGUCUUCGGUCAUCUGUCGCUCUGAUUUUUGUUGUCGUUGUCACGGGGGAUAUUGGUAGCGGUGAAUUCCUUUCUAUUUUUUUUUUUUUUUUUUUCUUCAUUUUUGUUUUGUUAAUCGUCUUUGUUUUUGUACAUUUGGAAGGAUUGUGAAAUAAAAAGGCCCACAAAACCAAAACAG